AUGCAUCAGUCUGGGGGAUUGACGAUUACGAAGCUGUGCGGCGAACUUGAAUGUCCCAAAUACCAUUUGUGCCAGGUUCACGAUCUACAAUGCUACCCAUGUCCAUCGUAUUGCAAUAAGACAUCGCAUAAUUUCGACGUUAAUAUAUGCGAACGACAGUGCCAAGAUUACAUUCAUGAUUUUAUUCAGCAUUAUGUGAGAGCUGACGAAAUCCAAGAUUCACUUCAAGAAUUGGAGUUCUUGAAAUUUUGGAUGCUGUGUUUAACAAUAUUGACGGUCAUUGCAUUAAUCUCAAUGUUUUUCGCUUCCAUGUUUUUAUGGACCCGCAAGAGGAAAACAUUAAACAUUGAGAACGGGCGCAAAGAAACGCGAUUGAAAAAUAAUAUGUUUUCUGUAAAGUUCAAAGACAAUUAGACUGAAAUAACUAUGAUGACAGCGCUAACAACGAUGAGCUCGUAAUUAAACCCGCAGGCCAGCACAAUAGACUCGUCACCCGAACAAGCUGCGCUGCGAAGAUGUCACACUUCAGACCGGGGAGU